GACUGAGUCUCAUACGUCAGCGUCUCCGGUGACUUUGGCAGCGCUCCAGGAAACUUCUUCUUCAGUUCAUCAAAUAAAUAAUCAGGUAUAAGACGGUCGUCUUCAGUGUCUGCAGCCUCGGUUCCACCAUGAAGACGUUGGCUUUGUCCGUGCUUCUUUUUGCCGCGAUGGCUCUGACCGGAGCUGAUGCAACGAGACACGAGGAUUGUCCCGCCUCUUGGACGAGGAUCCACGGCCGCUGUUUCCUCUACGUUCCAGCUCAGAUGAACUGGGCUACGGCUGAGAAAAACUGCCAGUCCAUGAAUGCAAACCUCGCGACCGUGCACGGCUGGAACGAGCUUCGCAGGAUUCAGAUUUUCAUCACGAAGGCCUCGCGUGGGCUCGGAAGGACGUGGCUCGGAGGACCUGUCUGCCAGAGUGAGGGCCUUUCGUUGUGGUGCGACGGGACAAGUUUAAAUUACAGGCACUGUGGUAGUUUGAACUAUCAUUGGAAUCAGAACUGUAUGUUCACCUACAACGGAGGCCGCAAGUGCUGGGAUGACGAGAUGUGUACCAACAAAUACUCGUCUGUCUGUGCCAAAAACAUCUAAUCACACACAGACACACAGACACACACUGCUUUGUGUUUGUGUUUGCUUUUUGCCGUCUCAUUUUACUUCUUUAUCUCUUUACAAUUUGUAAAUUUGAGGAACUCAGUGACCAGCAGCUGUGAUGUGUCUUCAGAUCUCUAAGUAAGAGGAACCUGAAUGGAUGCUUGGAACUCGCCCUUGUACCGGAGCGGGAGCCGCUUUUCAUCACGAGAAAAAUAAAUUAAAAAAGCC